CUUCAAUCAACGGUAGCGUUGGCUCUGAAGCCAGAAGAGGCGAGGGCAAACGCAAUUAACAUGAUACGCCGGCAUUGGGAGCAAUUGCAUAUGCAAGGAGUCGGGCCAGGACCAAUAACCAAACGGGAACGCGGUUGGAUCGAGCCGACUGCUCGGGAUACCACGCGUCAUCGUGUUCCCGUUUCCAGACGUCCCGGUGUGCUUCCCGGGAGUCUACGAACGACGUUGUUUCCACGACGUCCUAGACGACAAGUAGAGUUUCAUGUAGCCCCGACGACAAGAGUCCUCUCGACGACGACCGUUUCUCGGAUUCGCUUCCUCGUCGACACGAUACCCGCUGAAAACUCUGUAGCUUCUAGACCAGAGAAUCACCACCGUGAACAGUGUUCAAAGGCCACGGGCAAACCACCUCGAUGGCAUUCAGACACUGCGGGUAGUAGUACAAGACGGAGAAACUAUAGACUACCUGGCAUAGUCCACGAUGAAAAGACGAAUCGAGAGGGACAGUAG